ACAAAUUAAGCGAUUCCUUUUCUGCCAUUUGCUGGUGAAACACCCAUUUGCAGCAAUUUUCUGAUUGAUUCACAAUUAUAGUUUUUAGUAGAGUUAAGAUCUAAUUUUGUUAAGAUGGGCGCUGAUGAAGGCACCGAUACUGUUCUACGUGCAGCAAGUAUGGGUGGUGAUCAUCAUAUUGUGGAGAUCCCUGUGGAUGAGGAGCAGAUAAAAGUCAAUUCUUUUUCUUCUCCACAACACCCAUUAGAAGAAAUUGCAGAUAGCAGGGGCCACCUGCUCCUGCUCAAACUGUGGCAGAGGGAGGAGGAAGUUGUUGCCCACCACAUUCAAUCGAAAGAGUCUAGGAUUGAGAGCAUCAGAUCAGAGAUUUUCCAACUUACUUGCUUCUUUUUUGCUUUUCAUGGAAUUUUUCUGACUCUUCUUUUUACUGCUGCUACCCAAGAGAAUGCUGAUACUUGUAGGAGAUGGUGGAUCCCUGCUACUAUGUCAUUUCUGACCUCUUUGGUUUUCAUUUGUGUUCUUCUGCACAAGCUGAUUGUUCAAGGCAAUGUUGUAAGUAUCUUGCAGAGGGACAAGACUGAUUUGAGGGCUCUGAGCAGAUGCAUUCAAGAGUUGAGAAUGAAGGGUGUGAGCUUCGAUUUGUCAAAAGAGCCUCAGCCUGCUAAGAGGUGGAAGAGCUCUAGUGUGGAAGUUAAAUUAGGCCCUCUCAAAUGGUUCUCUCAAUUUACUCUUCCCAUUGCCUUAACUUUUGUAUCAGGCCUGCUCUUCUGGUCAUGCAAGGUGAUUUCUUGCAGCUAGCUAGUUGGUAAGGUUAUUAUAUUUGAGUCGAUUAAUGUUAACAGCAGAAGAAUUUUUAAGGGAUGAGGAUGAAGGGCGUGAGCUUUGAUUUGUCAUUUGUCAAAAAGAGCCUCAUCUUGCUAAGAGGUGGAAGAGCUCUAGUGUGGAAGUUAAACUAGGCCCUCUCGGAUGGUGCUCUCAAUUUUCUCUUCUAAUUGCCCUGACUUAUAUAUCAGGCCUGCUCCUGUGGUCAUGCAAGAUGAUUUCUUGCAGCCAACUAGUUGUGGAAGAGCAGAAGUGAAUUAAUUGAUUCUCUUGCCCUGAUGACUUGCUGCUUUGAUGGUUGUUCUUGAAUACAUUCAAGCCUCAAGGUAUGUCUUAAACUUUUGAAUGCAGUGUUUUUGUCGAUUGGAGAUGUCUAUUAUAAAAAGGCUAGUUCACUCUGUGGCUUGAACAAAAUAAAAUGGUAGAACAUCGGCAAACCUAGAGGUAGAUUUAGUAUAUGGAUUUUUUCAUUUCUUUGCAAUUGAUUGGGAAUGCCAGAGAUAACAUUUUCAAAUUGAGAUUUACCCUGUUCUGAAUAUGCUUUUCAUCUAUAGGGAUUUAUCAGGUACUUCUGAUAUACGUGUGGUGUGUUUUCAAAGUGAGAUUUUAUUUUUUGCCUAUGAAAUUAUGAAUAUGUUCAGUAUAAGGGCUUUAUAAGCCUUCUGUUCAUGAUCCUUGGGAACGCCAGAACGCCAGAGAUAAGAUUUUCAAAUUGAGAUUUACCCUGUUCUGACUAUGCUUUUCAUCUAUAGGGAUUUUUCUGGUACUUCUGAUAUCCAUGUGGUGUAUUUUCAAAGUGACAAGUUGUUCCUUGCGUUCAAAGCAUAAUUAACAUGCUGACGUUCUUAUAACUGAAACCUAUAGAAAAAUUUACCUAUCCUAUGAUGAUGCUUGAAUACCCAUGAGACAUACUGUUCCUGAACAAUCUUCACAAUUGUACUUAGUUAAUAUUCCUGAAAAUCUUAUUAACUAGUGCCUAUACCAAUAAAAAUAAUACAUCUCUUGGUUGGGUGUUCAAAUUAAGAUCAGCAUUGGGGUACAACACCAAGCUUAUAAGUGCUGCUUUUUCCAGAAUGUGUUUGCCCUUAGUGAUUGUAUCAGUGCUUUGCUGAUAUUUUUCAAUAUACAUGAUUUAUUUCUUCAAAAUAGAUUCCUUGGCAUCUGGCUUAUUGCUUAGAGUCAUGUACUAAACAUAUAUUUCAUUUACCUAUAAACAUAACACAUCUCUUGGUUGGGUGUUCACAUUGAGAUUAGCAUUGAAAUAUACCAGUUUAUCUCCUUAUAACCCAAAGCGAUUAGAUAUGUUUUGAGCUUUUCUAACCCUUUGCAAACAAUUUAGAGAUGUUACAGAAUGGGGAUUUUGAACUAUGUCAGUUUAAUGAAUCUAAUUCUGUUGAUUCAUGAAUAUUAAUGAUAUAUACCUUUUUACUGUUUUAGCAAUGAUCUUGUAUAGUAAUGAUCUUGUAUAGAAGAUUGGUCAAAAACCAUUCUUUGGAAUGAGGAAAAGAGAGGAAUUGUCAUCCCUAAAAAAUGGUCUGGUUCUGGUUCUUUAUUCUUUUCCU